AUUGGAUUCUACUCGGAAUAUUAAAAGCUUUUAUAUAAAUUCAAUUUUCCUUUGUUACAGAACACAAAUGCGUCGGUGGACGAGCACGCUCCAGGUAUGCAACGGUACGAAGAAAUGACCAUCAUCAUAGCAAAAUGGACCAUAAAUACUGGGUGACAUGGAUGAAAAUCGCGUGCAUAUCAUUCGCGCUACUUACCACCACAGUGGCAGACUUCACUACGGAAUGCCAAAGGCCUUGCGACUGUAGAUGGCAAUCCGGUAAUAAAGCUGCAAUUUGCUCAAAUUCAAGCUUAAAAAUAAUACCGGCGAAUCUCAGUAACGACAUUCAAAUACUCGACUUAUCAAACAACAAUUUACAACAGCUGCACCAAGAAGGAUUUAAGAAAGUAGGCUUAAGUAAUCUGAAGAAACUUUUCCUCAAAGAGUGUAAUAUCGAAGUGGUCCAUAAAACUGCAUUCGUUACUCUAGCAAUCAUGAUAGAACUAGAUUUGUCGAAGAACAAAAUUCGAUCACUCCACCCCGAUACGUUCAAAGGCACAGAGAAGCUGAGAUUAAUAAACUUAAGCAACAACUUUAUCGAUAAGUUGGAAGACGGUAUAUUUCGCAACUUGAAGUUUCUGCAGAAAGUAGAAGCGAGUAACAAUAGGAUACACCGUAUAGGAACGAAGGCAUUUAUUAAUUUGCCCCAGUUGAAAAUAUUAAGAUUCAAUGGCAAUAAUUUGAGUCAUAUGAAGCCGGAAACUUUAAUGGGUUUGAGAAACUUGUCGGGUUUGGAUUUGCACAACAAUCCAUGGCGUUGCGAUUGCAACCUACAAACGUUCCGGGACUGGGUGAUCAGUCAUAACCUGUACACCCCUCCUACGUCAUGCGCGGAACCAGCCUCCGUAGUAGACAAACUUUGGAAUGAAUUAGACUCGUCAAACUUUGCGUGCCGACCGACAAUACUAGAGCCUGUGCCAGACGCAACGGUCAAAAGUUUCGAUGAAAACGUGACUCUGACUUGCAAAGUAGUCGGGAACCCACCACCUGAAGUUGCUUGGCGAUUUAACGGCAAAACUAUUGAGAUGAAGGCGUUUGGGGAGGUUAGAUACGCUGUUUCGGAGAACACCAUGGAUUUAAUACGUUGGGUGAAUCUCACGAUAAUUUAUGCGAGGUAUAGUGAUAGAGGGAACUACACUUGCAUAGCUGAGAAUCCUGGCGGUCGAGACGAGAAGACCCUAACCCUCGUGCUUUCAAAAUACGGAGGUGUUGGUACCAUAGCUGGUAUGGAUACCGACUCUUUUGCAAUUUUAGUAGGCUGUCUAACAGCAAUAGUUAUUAUUUUCGGCGCUACGUUAGUCAUUUGUUACUUCACGACGCAGAACAAUGAAAUUAAAAGACUGAUUAAGAACGAUGCUCGUUCUUCUAAUGGGGAGGUGCUGAUCGAAGGGUCAGUGGCUUCUGAAGCUGAGAAGGCAAUGAAGGUGGAAGUAAAUCCUGUAUCGAAGCCGCCUCGGAAAUACGAGGCUCCGCCGUCCUUUACAAGUGAAGCUACAGAGAUGUCGGAACUGAAUAGGACUUUACUAGACAACGAAUCUGUUUUAGCAUCAACUGAGGACAACAGCCGAGCGCAAGAAGUGGAACUUCCAAAGAUAUCCCACGAAGCAUUGCUCAUGGAUCGACUGACUCAAGAACAUCAAACAUACCCCCCAGAUCUCCUCUCAUUUCCCCUUAGAGGUACUCAAGUGUCUCCAGUGGGGAGAACAUCCCAAGACACAGAAAGUCCAAUAAAAUCUCCAAGUUAUGGAGUAACAUCUAUCAACCCUGCUUACUACAGCAGGUUUCACAACCAGAGCUCGCACGGUUCCAUCCCUCUCAUUAACUCCAAGGGUUACGUAACAUUACCGAGGAGGCCGAGAAUGGUGCCUGACAGCAGUUUACGUCCACAAGUAUUUUCCACCCUCAAUGGUGUCAUACCUUAUUACGACACUUUUAACAUGAGGUUCUUCAACCAUGGCGGAAACUACUACAGUUUAAACAAAAGUGAAAUGGACCUAGGUCCUGUAGGAAAGGUUCCUACCUACCCUGAUGAGGAUGAACCAGCUCCGUCUCCAGCACCAGGUACUCCUCACGCCACCAUCCCCAGAAACAGCUUAAGUUCUCCAAAUAUACAUAACCAGCUUCUGACUCUACAAGCAAUGUCUGUCAAUCAGAUGAUAAAGUCAGAGCAAAGACCUCUGAAGGUGACUCUUGCUGAGAACGAGGGUCUGUUGAAGAGUCGAGACUUCAUGUCAGGAUAUUCCGUGAAUGUUGUCAGUGGGACCUUAGGCAGAUCAAGAACUGCUCCAAAACCGCCUCCUAAACCUAGAAAGAAGAACAGUAGUGAAGUGAAGGAACCUUUUUUGAUGAACACUAGCGAAAAUGCUACUCAAGUGUAAAUUAAUGAAAUAUUGUAUUAAAGUUUAUACAUAGUAGUAUUGAAGGGCAAACCGUAUUUGAUGUAUCUGAGCGGCCUAAAAUUUAUAGUCAAAGAUAUUAUGUAUCUAUAGUAACAAUAGUUUUGUCGUUUCCAUAUUUUAAUCUACA